GGCCGCCAGAAAAGACAACAGGCUGCAGAUCCUGAAGGUUUGCUUCCCCUUUUAAUUAUCUUUAUUUAGACAACACUAAUGGAGGAUCUCGGAAGAUGAUUAAAUUAGCCCUAGAUCAAGUUUAUGUUAUGUACACCGUAAUUUUUAGGGAGUUAUUAUAACUCCAAAAAUGGAGUAAAAAUUUUAGGUACAGGAUAACCCCUUUUUUGGGGUUAUUUUAACUCCUAAUUUAACUCCGAAUUUGGGGUCAUUUUUACUCCUGAAAAAUAGUUCUUUUUACUCCCAGUCUUGGAGUUAAAAUUACUCCGAAAUGGGGUUACUUGUACUCCUUACAGGGGUUGUUUUUACUCUUUUUGGAGUUAAUUUAACUCUGAAAGUGGAGUAAAAAUUUUAGGUACAGGAUAACUCCUUUUUUGGGGUUAUUUUAACUCCUCAAUAUCUGGGGUCACUUUUACUCUUGAAAAAGAGUUCUUUAAACUCCUUUUUGGAGUUAAAAUAACUCCACGAAAAAUAACUCCACUGUAAGGAGUUAAAUUAGCCCCACUAGAGGAGUUAUUAUAACUCCCUGAAAAUUACAGUGUAAGGUAUAAUUUGUGAAUGCUUUUUACUUGUACAUUUAGAGCAACUGAAUAGUUUUCUUGCUUCCAUGGCGAAAACAGCGCAAUUAGGUCGUCAUCCACUGAGUCAAAAGUUAGAGCCAUUUGUCAUGAAUUGUUGACUGUUAGCGAAAAAGGUUCAGGGCGGAUUUCACAAUUUUCUGUCUCUCAUCUUUGGGCUUUGCCGUUUUUUUUUCUUAGUGCUGUUUUUCAUGGGAUCCUAAGAAUCACCCAAGGUUCUUUUUUAUCAGUCUUUAGGUACUGUCUUCCGUGAUAUUGUGGUGGGUCAAUACAGUCUCUGGGUGAUAUGUGAAGCCUUGGACGCCAUUUUUGAUAUUUUCGCCGACGGACCGCUGGUUAACGCUGCUGCAGACUCUAUUGGUCUCAUGAUCAACCUUCAACAGUUGGUACCAGUUCUAAAAGCUAGGGUAAGAAACAGUUUAAUGUACGCGGGGGGCGUAUGCCUCAGUUAUAUUAUACAUGAAAAAGUCACAUACAAGCCAGUUUUCCUUAGUUUGACCAUAUCAAUUGAGUGGCUAGCGCCGGAAACAUCACCUUCUUAACUUUUUCUUUGAAAAAUAGCCAAUUUCACCCUUCCCUGAUUUGAGUGUCAUUUUCUUGCAGUUUAGGAAGUGACGAGGAAUUAGAGUACAAAAUGUCUCGAAAUGUUCUCCUGGUUUAAUCACCUUUACCUACCUAAUCGUAUCAAAUAAAAUGGUAUUCAACUGAUUUUUGAAUGCAGUUUCGUAAUUUUGUUUUGGUUUUACUUUAAAUCUUAAAACACCGAAUUCGUGCGUCGUUGAAAAAGUUGGACUAACUAUAAGCUUUGUUUUCAAAGAGAAGUACUCUUUUCUAAGAAUCGCAUAUGUUGUUUUUCAGGUAAAAACUGAGAGAAGAACUCUUGGGGAUCACUAUCCUGUUAUAGAUGCCGCGAGAGUGAACUUGGCGAGGUUUAUAAAAUACAAACAGAAAGGUCAUUAGGAUGUGUAAUGGCAGACCUCUGCGCGUCAAAUGGUCUUCACCCUAUCAGGAAUCCCGGAGCCUUCAUCUCUGUCAAAAAAUUUGGCGGUCAGAGCGUAUUAGAUUUUCAGGCUUUUUUUAUUCAUUCACCUUUCGCGCCACCAUUAAAGGUUUCAGCUCAUUAAAGCUGAAUAGGAUUUCCAGCUAUUAAACUACAGUCAUUGACGGCGUUUGGAGUUCUGUGUAGCUAGUUAAACUACUUCAUCGGUUAGUCGUUGAAGUUUAUGUUAGAGCUUAGAGUUAGUGUGAAGGAGGCAAUUCCAGUCGCGAGGAGUACAGCAUGAAAAGAAUCUUCAAUCGUGGAAGUCUAACGCACUGGGAUACUUUAGUGGAACCAGAUGGAGGCUCCGAGACGAUGGAGCCUCUGGCCAUUUUUUAA